AGCAGUAGUGUGAAGAACUUUGCAACCGUGGCAACUAAAAUGGCUUUUCGUGGCAAGAAUGCGGUGGUGACUGGCGGAGCUGGCGGCAUAGGCCUGCAGGUGUCCAGGCAGCUGCUGGUAGCAGGCGUCGCACGCCUAGCCAUCAUUGAUCUGCAGGACAAUCUGGAAGAGUUUGUCAAGCUGCGUGCCGCGCAUCCCACGCAGAGCGUUAUGAUAAUCAAAAUGGAUGUGGCCAACAAAAAGGGCAUUGAGGCUACCUAUGAGGAGGUGAAGAAAACCUUUGGCAGCAUCGACAUAGUCGUAAAUGUGGCCGGAAUAUUUAAUGACAAGGAUGUGCAGCGCACGCUGCUGGUGAAUCUGGGGGGCAUCAUGAACUCCACUUUAGCUGCUUUGCAGUACAUGACCAAGGACAAUGGUGGCAACGGCGGCAUUAUUUGCAACAUGAGCUCUGUCGUUGGUCUGGAUCCCAUGUUUAUUAUUCCCGUCUAUGGCGCUACCAAGGCAGGCAUCAUCAACUUUACGCGUUGCCUGGGCAACGACAAGUUCUAUCAGCGCUCUGGCAUUCGCUUUGUUACAGUCUGUCCUGGCGCCACCAUGACUGACAUGUUUACCAACUUCACUGAGAAGAUUCUGUUCCCGGAGACCAGCGAUGAUACCUACAAGAUACUCGAUCGGCUUAACAAACAAAGCGCCACAGAUGUGGCUCGCUGCAUAUUGAGCGUGCUUGAGAAGGAAAAGAAUGGCGCUGUCUAUGUGAUUGAGGGUAAGCGCAUUGUGCCCUUGGAGAUCAAGCAACUCUGGACUGGCAAGGAGCCAGCCCAUUAAAGUUCCUGAAAACAAAUAUUAGCGCAUUAAUUAUGCAGCAAUUAUUUUUUUUGUCAAUGGUAUAGUGUUUAAUAAA